AUGGAGGAAAGCGUAUUGAAUGCAUUCAAAGAAAUCUCUCAGAGGGAGUAUCUUAACUCAUUCUUCUCCUACAGUGAAACAGUUGAUAUUUACCAUACAAUAUUGCUACUGAAGAACCAAUAUGCAAAUACUGAAGAGUCUCCUGAAGAAGGAAAGAUAGGAGAACCUGUUACCAUAAAUAACAAAAAGAACUAUAUCACUCCUAAAUUUGAAGGUAUAUAUAUGAUAUUUGAAACUAAACAAGUGCUGUUUACUUUCAUUGAGAAGUGCCAAGAAGGUCUCGAAAUUCACGGGCUUCCACAAAAACAAAGCUUAUAUUCCCUCUUCCUUCUACAAAUGGGUCUUUAUAUUAUCAAACAAGAUGACGAUCUCGACGACAGCUUUAUCCCUUUCGACAUCGAAGACGAGACUCGGUUGGUAAAAUCCAUGUACAUCUCUCGACUCCUAACAUCACUAUCUCUCCCUCCACCCUCCCUCUCCACUGCCUCUUCCUUCCACACUCUCCUCUCCUUCUCCCAGACCCUCACCGCCUACACCCACAAGCUCUCCACACUGGACACCUCCCUUCUACAGUCAGACCCCAAUUCCUUCCUUGACCUAGAAUUCGAGACCAAGGUCAGCCUGAACAACCUGUUCCUCCUGAUCAUGAACAAUUAUGACAGCCCAGAGAUGAAGCAGGAGAUUGCCAAACCUGUCUACAGGCUUGAGAGAAACUCCUUCGUGGUUAUUAGGCUGAGCCUAGAGCUGCCCAUUGGACCGAUUAGGAAGAGUCUUAUUAUGUUUUAUCUUUAUAUGAACAGUCUUUUUGGGGACUUAGAGAUCCCUCCAAACGAGUCGGAAGAGGAUAGUAAGGGAUAUGUUAAGAUAACACCACGGCUUAUGGAUUUUGUUGAAGUGCAUAGAAAUUUAGACUCGGGAAAUCCGGUCGAGAAUUUUUAUAAGAAGCAUAUUGUUAAUGUCAAGGAUAACCCGAUUCCUCAGAUUCUUGUAGUGGCUAUUUUAAGAAUCUUGCUGACAACCUGUCCUAAUGCGAAUAGGUCCUCAGGAGGAAUCGACCUCCAUAGAGAGUGGAUCUCUAGUAUCAGCCUUCUAGUCAAAUAUCCUGAAAUUUACUCUAUAUUUAUCGAAAACAAGGCGGAUGAUUGCCCGCUAAUCCACAACAGGAUUAUUAGCCUUUACUCAAAUAAAGAAGAAAGUAAAGAAGAAAAUAAAGAUAGGGACAAUAGCGACGACUCUGAGAAGGAAUCAAACUCUGAAGAGGAUCAAGACUCAAAUAAAAGUAAAGAUAGCUCUAAUGAAGAAGACACGAAAUAUUUCAAACUGUUUGCAGAAGGAGAACUAGACUUGGCUGUGUCUGACUUAUUCAACUUCGAAAAUUACAGACAUAGUAUGAUUUCAGCGAAGUUCAUCGGACAGCUAUUGCUUUUUAUACAAAGAAAGUUCCAAUACAAUCAUGUAAUUCAAGGAGUUUAUUUCUCUUCUCUAAUAGUAGACGCCAAUGGAAUUAAAGUACUGCUGAAAUUCCUGAACCAAAACUUCCAUGGGUCAAGUAACUACUUACUUCGACGUAGUGAUGCAUUGAGUAUAAUCUGUGCAGAUAUCCUCCCGUCUCUGAAGGAAGGAACUUUGGAAAAUAUUCAUCCCAGCCAGAGCAGUCAGAUAGAGGCAUAUAACGAUGAGAUAUUUUCUCGUGUUAAAUAUGUCAUUCAUAACACAAUUAGACCUGUGCUUUACCUAAUGCAUGCUGUUUCUUUCGGUCAGUAUGAAAGGAUUGAGCAGAAUCUGAUAGGCUACAAAGCUAUCAAAAUUAUGUCAAGAAUUGCUGAGAACUUCAGUGAUACAGAUAACAAAACUAUUGCUUAUCAGAUCAUUAAGAUCCAGAUCCAGUACAUAAAGGACAAAGGCAUGAAGAGUAAUUCCUCAAACAAUAUAAUGAAGGCUAUUUCCAAGGUUUAUGAAAACAUCAGGCUUGAAAAAGACGACAUUGGAGACUGGAUCAAACUUGCUGAAGACACUGAUUAUGAGACAGAGGAGCUUAACCAUAAGGAACUAGCCGAUGUGAAUAAAGAAUUCCAUCUCAGGUAUUACUGGAAUACAUCUGCUCAUUUCCAGGAUCAACCGGGGGAAGAUGACAGCAGUGACACAGAAAGUAGCAAAAGAAAGCCACUAGUUAAAACACUCAAACUCAAAAAUGAGUAUUACAAACUCAUGUUGCAAGCAGAAGAACUUACUGAUGACCAAAAAGAAAAUUAUAUGAAUUAUCUUUAG